UUACUUGAAGUUCUAUUAAGUGUCAUAUUAAGAAAAUAGCAAUUCAAGUAUUCAAAAAUUGUUUAUUUCUUAUUGGAAGGUAGCACUUAGAUAUAUGGCUACUAAAUUCUGAAGGUUGAAGUAUGACUUUUGAAAGUGUGCGGGUAACCGUGAAAGAUAACAAAAUGUAUAGAUACACAUGUUGAUUGGUUAGAAACUAUGCAAAGAUAACAUGUACGAUAUACCUUUGUUAGGACCAACCGAAAGUUCACCAAAAAUUAAAAAGCUGCUACUUUGUCACCUUUGGGUUGAUUCUAAUGAAAGUUUUACCCAUCUGUUCCUGCAUAAAAAAUUAAAGCACUUCUCAAGAAAUUCCUAGUCAUUUUAUCUAGAUUGAGUUCCAUUUUUUAGUUAUUUGUCCAUUCUCUAAAUACAGUGCUUCACACUAUUUUUCUUCAUGAUGCUUAAACAAUAGAAACCAAUAAAUGAGAAUGUUCAAAAUAUCUUUGAAUUAAAUGAACAAGCCCCAUUGAUUGAGCAUAUGAGAAAAAUAUUAAUGCCACAGUUGCUUGAAGUAAAACCUCCCGAGUGUGGCUGUAGUAACCUGGACAAAACCCCCCAGCAGGAUCACAUUUUUGUUCCAAGCAAUUCUCCAGUUACACACAGAUGUAAACUUGCAAACAAUAUGUUACCACGAUUUUUAGAAGAAGAAGGAUUUUAUAUGCCACAAAAGCCUUACAUUUCUAGGAAUGCAUAUCACAAAAUGGAAAAUCGUCUUCUUCAGCAAGAAGCGGGAAAAGGCUGGUUUGAAGAAAGUGGGGAAAUAAUGUCGUUACCUUCUCCAAUCAAACUAUCAAACCGGUGCAGAGUGCCUUUUCCUGUUAAAAUUGACACACAAUUAAAGACUAAAUACAAGAAGCUCAAAGCAUUAAUAAGUGCUACAACACUAGCAGAAAGUAAUUUUAAAGAAAAUCAGCGGAGCAAAAACACUUUAAAGGAUUAUAGAUCACAAAUAAGGUUAACAAAUAACUCUGAAAUGGAUGAGCACAAAACUAAAUUAUCAGAUGAAAAAGAGAGGUGCUUGAAUUUAACUCAUGUUGAUCAGACAUCAGUAGACCUUGGAGAAAGGAAUGAACCUCUUUUCAUACCACAUCUUACCUUCCUAACAGAAAUAUCAGCAGCAAACAUGUGCCCCCUAGAUGAACAAAAAAGAAGAGAGAACAUUAAAACAGAGAAGUACUUUAUUAAAAUAUAUUAUAAUAAUAAAUUGGUCUCUUUUACAAAAGAAGCUUCUCUUCACCAGAAUUUUAAAGUAGUAUUUCAGCAAAUGUUUCGAAUUCAAGUGUUAAACUGGCCUGAAUCUCUUCGAUUAGAGGUUUUUGAAUCCAGUAAAAAAAAAGAAUUGACCAAAGUGUAUUUGCCCCUUCCAAGUAACUUUGUACUGAAGAGCAAAGAUGUUUUGGAUGAGAUAGAAUUUAGCUGUGAAGAGCAAGUUAAACCUUCCAAUGGGACAAUGGGAAGCAAUGUUCAUUUUGUUCUUGAUGAAAAUGAAUCAGAAGAACUGUGUAUUCUGACAUCAGGAAAAUUAAUAUAUUCCUUAUCUUGGACAGUUGAUGACAGAGGAAUUCCUUUAGCACCCACAUUUCAACCUGCAGAUAUUGUUUGCCAUAGUGCGCUAAGGAAUAGUUAUUCAGGAAAUGGAACUGGAAUGUGGUGGCAUUCUGAUAUACAGAAAGUUAUGGAUUGGGCAAAACAAACCAAGAUUGAUCCAAAUGACCCUGACUAUUCAGAUUUGUUUGAGUUAAUUAUGUAUGCAAAAACCCAAGAGCAAAGUGAUUCAAAAUACUUUCGUCUUGAACAGUUGCAAGAAGAAUUUAACUUUGUUACUGCAGAAGAGAUUAAAAAUUGUAAACGUUUUCAGCUGUUGCAGCUGAGAAGUUUAGGACAGUUGGGUUUCUACUGUUUUCAGCAAAUUCCUUUAUAUGACAGAGAGAUACCAGACACAGUCUUCCAGGAAUAUGGAAGCCAAUUAGAAAAUGACAUAUUGCUGACAGAUGUGGAUCCUAUUUCUGCACAAAGGAACUGUUCUGCCAAUUUUGUUAGGAUGAUGAAGAAACAAGUUACAAAACGAAUUGUGACCAUCAGGCACAAAUAUAAUUUAUCAGAUAUUGUGAGUGAUUAUGAAGAAAUCAUAUCUAUGAGCCAACUUAGUAAUGCAAUUUUCAAGCUAGGUGAACGCAGAAGACAUUUGAAACCACAAAGAAAGGAAAGACGGAAGGUCCCAGCACAGGCUGUCUCUGAUGGAGAUGUUAAGCUUCUCAUCAGAAUAUUGAGAGCAUAUAAUAUUCCUGCUAGAAAAGCACCAGGGACUAAGGUUGUGGCUGCUCAUUCGCCAUCUUUUUUACCAAAUCGUAUGUCUCGAGGCAGACAUACUAUGUCAGGAAAUCCAGCCUAUAAUGCUGAUCUUCUAAGUGAGGUGUCUGUUCAUCCUUUUGUAGAAGUUGAAUUUCAGAACACUGUAUAUCGGACUAGUACUGCAGAUGGCUCUCAUCCAUGUUGGAAUGAAGAACUUCAAGUGGAUUUUAUCUCUCCAGGGCAUGAUUAUACUUUUUCAGGAUUAUCUAAAAUAAAAGACAUCAUAAAUAUUAACAUUUUUGAUGAAUUUGUGAUUGAAAAGCAUGAGGAUGCCUGUCCAAAAAGCUGUAGUGGUCAUUCCUAUGUAAGAAAGAAUUGGCUUGGAUCAGUUACGUUUCCUUUCUUUGCUCUCCUGGAACAGUCAAAGGUAAAGAACAAGACAAAGUUAUUGCAAAGAGCAUACAUUUUUAAGCAGACAUGUAAGGCACUGUUUCCAAAGAGGAGAAUAGUAACAUCAGUUUUUAACCAUCAAGGAAAAAGUAUUUUAGUAACAAAGUAUAUUACCUCUCUUAAUCCACCACAGCUGUUACUGGAUAUGUAUCCUGAUGAUCCUAACUCAACUUCUGAUCUUAUAUCACGAUUUGUAUCUUUAAUUCCUUGCAUAUCAGACUCUGUGGAUGAAAGUGAUGAUGUUGAUAUUUGGAUAACAUCAGAGGAUUGCCUCAAAUUGGGUGUUGCUAAUAAAGAGGAACAUGCAGUGCUUCUAUGCAACUACUUUUUGUAUGUUGGGAAAAAAGCAUGGAUACUGCUGGGAACAUCUGUAUUAGAAGGGAAAGUAGCUUAUGUAGCAACACAAGAAAAUGGAGAAUAUUUUCUGUGGAAUCCACUGAAUGGCCAGUGCUAUAAACAGUUUGAUGCAUUUUGCCCACUGCAGAGUAUUGAUUGCUUAAUUAGCUGGGAAAAUGUCUGGUUCAACAUACAGCAAAACAGUUCACCAAUGUAUGUCAGUUUUGACAUUUCAAAGGAAGGCUUUUGGAAACAAUUGUUUCCAUACUAUAUUCUAGAUUUAAAAUCACAGCCUGUACAGGUUACAGGAUUUCCUAUACAGAUGCCAUAUCUAGAUAUGAAGUCAAUAACUGAAGCUGUUUAUCAGACGGGAAUUCAUUCUUCAGAAGUUCCCAAUACAGAAUUUGCUCUUGCUGUGUAUAUUCAUCCUUACCCCAAUACUAUGUUAUCUGUCUGGAUCUAUUUAGUGUCUUUGGUCCACCAUCAUAAGUAGUAUUGCCCCCCCCCCCCAAGAUUCUUCAGGAAUCAGCUAUUCAGUGAAACCAUCAGAUGCUUCCUGGUUGUGAUAUUUGAAUUUUCGCUAUUGUAUCACAAGGAAGAAUUGAGAUGCAUACUGUUUUUAGAAAUAUUCUUUCAAAUGUUCCUUAGGUAUUACUUACUUAGAAACAGGCAGAAAUGCUGCUUGCUUGUGAAGUUAUCACUACAUUUUAUUUUUAGUUUCUGCAACAGUAAGCAGUGUUAAAAUUACUAACAGAAUUUAAGACUUAUUGGAAAAUACUUUGUGCCAGUACAUGACUGU